CUGAAGCCACAGCACAGACACAUUUCUUCCUAUGAUACCAUUCAUAACAUUACUGCUGAGUGGCUUUAAGCUAUUAUAGUUUAGAUUAAAGCUACAAAUUUAGAAAAACAAAAAAAUUCGGUGCCUUAAAAAAUUUUCGGUACCUGGGAUAUUUCUUGGAUUGGAUUAGCUCACGUUUUACCUGAGGUGGCUGUCAUCCUUAUCUGAAAGGCUGGAGAGCUGACAACAGUAUGGCUGCAAUCUUAAGGGCAUUGGUUCUCCCUCUUCUCAUUCAGGGCUGCUUUUGCAGUGUUGGACAGACAGGCUGCAUGAAAUGGACACCAAAAGGAGAUCAUGUUUGCUGUGAAGCCUGUUCUGCUGGACACCGCCUGGUCCAAGAAUGUGGCCCAAGCCCGAAAGAUCUCUGUACUCCUUGUGAGGCCGGGACAUUUACGGUGAACCCAAAAGAGUACCGCUGUACCAGGUGUACACAGUGUGUAGGUGCUCAAGUCUAUGUGAAAGAGUGCACUGCCACAACUGACACAAAGUGUGGCUGUAAAGAAGGACUCACCUGUGGUGAUGACCGCUGUUCCUUCUGUUACAAAAAGUGUGACAAAGGUUAUGAACCACAGAAACGUGAUUGCAGACCAUGUCCAGAGGGAACCUUUAAUGACCAAAGUCACCAGAUGUGUAAACCCUGGAGUACCAAGUGUCCCAAUCCAAAUCAAAUGAUUGUGGCCAAGGGAAAUGCACUUAUGGACAUCAAGUGUGUUAAUGUUUCAGUUGCCCCAGUGAUCACUACAAAGCAAUCUGAUCCCACAGAGGAGGCAUGGCCAUUGGUCUUAUCUGUGAUCACAAGUGUGGUUCUGAUGGCCUUUAGCAUCAUCAUCAUCAUCAUCCUUGUGGCCAAGAAAAUCUUCCAGAAAAGAAAGGAAAAAGGCAUAAAGCCAAUCACAAUGACCCAGAUAAUCACAACCCCUACAGAUGAGCCUAUGACAGAUAAUCCCAGGACAUUAAUAGCCAUUGAGUGCAGUUUCCACGAGGCCCAGCAAGAGCAGGGCAGCAGCUCAGAGUCGCUCUACUCCAAGGACUCCUCGAGCCAGCUCAUUGCAUGAAGAGGGAAACUGGACUUGACUGCGCCGCUGAAGAACCUUUUAUAUUUGUGUUGAGUUUGGUGAAAGGAAACAGGAUAUCCCGAAUAAGAUGGAAGUCCCUCUUUGUGAUACUGGAGAUGUUUUUGUUGUGUCAAUUUGUUUGGCUCUAAAUGAAAGAAACAGAGCCCUGUGUUCAUCCAGCUGUCUUUUCCACUCCAUUUUACUUUCAUCAGAAUAACCAAAGAUACUGAGAAAAUCUUUAUAGGUCAAGUUAGAGGUAUCACUUUGCUGUACAAUUAAACCAGGAUGUAAUUAUAGUGAUAAUACAGUAAAUGCACACAGGGGAGGAAGGGGAAUUCUGAGAGGGAAAAAACUAAGUGGAUUACAACAGUCCAUUCAUCAUGUUAAUUUCAUCAGACAGUGAGGCUGUUUUUCCCCUUUAAGUUAAGCCUAAAAGAAGAUAGCUGUGAAAGGUUUUGAAUUAUUGGAUUGAGUUUUGCACCAGAUGGGGAAAAAAAUUAUACCUUACAUUAAAUACCUAAGCCUUUAAACUUGUUUUAACUACUUUCAAACAAUUGGACUUGUGCCAAUAGCCUGUGUAUAAUAUUGUAGUGUUUGAGUUUCACUCCUCUUAUAUUUGCAUGUCUAAGCGGGAAAGCUGCGGAGUGCUACUUUGUGUGACUGUGGGUGGGCGUUCAGCUGGGUGUAAAUGUCUGACGGCAGAGAGGUCUGAGUCACACCUAAGGCUGAGCCCACAAAUGCCUGCUAGGUAUCUACUUUUUACUGCUGAAUUUGUACAUUUCCAACUCUGGUUAUGUUGCUGUGUCAAUCAUGAUUUUAUGUUGUGAAACAUUUAUGAUUUAUCAUGGGGACAGUUUGCUAUUUUUGUUUGUUAUUUAAAUGUUUCUAUAGAACACA